AUGGUUGAAUCAGACGACGACGUACCUCAAUUGCGUGCGGACUCGUUGGCUGCUUUAAAAGAAUUUUAUCAGGAAAAAGUUGAACGAGAAUGUAAAUUUAAAAAACUUUUGGAGCAAAGUGAAAAAGAUUUCGAAGUUGAAUUUGAAGAAAACUGGCAAUUAAGUCAGUUUUGGUAUGACGAAAAAACUGUUGAGACUAUGACAAAAGGCAUUGUAAAGUGUACUGAAAACCAUGCGAGAAUCGGAUUGAUUUCAUGUCCAACGUUGUACAAAGCUUUAAUAAAAAUAGCUGGAAAUAGACAAGUAAAAAUAUUUGAAUUUGAUGAGCGCUUCUCCGUUUUUGGAUCCGACUUUAUUCUUUAUGAUUACAAGAACCCUUUGAAUGUUCCUGAUGAUUUGCAUGAAUCAUUUGAUCUUGUUGUUUGUGAUCCACCUUUCCUUUCAGAGGAGUGCUUGACAAAUGUAGCCAGUACAAUAAAACUUCUGACUAAAAAGAACGUUAUUCUCUGCUCAGGUUCUGUGAUGCAAGAUUUAGCAGAAAAAUUGCUGGCUCUCAAAAAAUGUAACUUUCAACCACAUCAUAAAAACAAUUUAGCCAACGAAUUUUGGUGCUAUUCAAAUUUCGAUCUCGAUAAAUAUUUGGACUGAUUUGUACAGUAAUGUCAAUUAUGCAAUUGUUAAUUGACUUGCCAGGAAAAAA